AUGUCCCGUCCGCUGUCGCCGUCGCGGGCCGCCUCGGGGACCCCGGCGCGGCCCGCCACCGUGCUGGGCACCAUGGAGAUGGGGCGCCGCAUGGACGCCGCCGCCAGCGCCGCGGCCGUGCGCGCCUUCCUGGAGCGCGGCCACACGGAGCUGGACACGGCCUUCAUGUACAGCGACGGCCAGUCGGAGAGCAUCCUGGGCGGCCUGGGCCUCGGGCUGCGCGGCGGCGACUGCACAGUGAAAAUUGCCACCAAGGCCAAUCCCUGGGAAGGGAAGUCCCUGAAGCCUGAUAGUCUCCGGACUCAGCUGGACACAUCCCUGAAGCGGCUGCAGUGCUCCAGGGUGGACCUCUUCUACCUACAUGCUCCUGACCACGACACCCCCGUGGAAGAGACGCUGCGGGCCUGCCACCAGCUGCACCAGGAGGGCAAGUUCGUGGAGCUGGGCCUCUCCAACUAUGCCGCCUGGGAGGUGGCCGAGAUCUGCACCCUCUGCAGGAGCAACGGCUGGGUCCUGCCCACCGUGUACCAGGGCAUGUACAACGCCACCACCCGGCAGGUGGAGACGGAGCUCUUUCCCUGCCUCAGGCACUUUGGAUUGAGGUUCUAUGCCUACAACCCUUUGGCGGGGGGCCUGCUGACGGGCAAGUACAAGUAUGAGGACAAGGAUGGGAAACAACCCGUGGGCCGCUUCUUUGGGAAUAGCUGGGCUGAGACCUACAGGAAUCGCUUCUGGAAGGAGCACCACUUUGAGGCCAUUGCCCUGGUGGAGAAGGCCCUGCAGGCUGCGUAUGGCAGCAGCGCCCCCAGCAUGACCUCGGCCGCCCUCCUGUGGCUGUACCACCACUCCCAGCUCCAGGGUGCCCGUGGGGACGCAGUCAUCCUGGGCAUGUCCAGCGUGGAGCAGCUGGCCCAGAACUUGGCGGCGACUGAGGAAGGGCCCCUGGCACCGGCCGUGGUGCAGGCCUUCGAUCAAGCCUGGCACCUGGUCGCCCACGAAUGUCCCAACUACUUCCGCUAGGGCCAGGCCCGCCUCCACCUGCCAGAGGUUUCUCUCUUUCAGGUCACCUCUUCUGUUCUCAUCCCAACUAGUCUGCCUUAAGCUGAUUUAGUGGACUUUUUUGAUUGUCUGGAUCGAUGCAUUAUUUUUCUAGAUUCCUACCUGGUUCCCAGUUGCCUUCACAAUGUGGAAAGGUUGGGGCUCUUGUCCACUUGGGAAGUUCCUGUCUGAAUAAAGCAGACACCUGACCUAACUGUAAUCUAGGCCCUGAGUAAACCCCACGAACCUGUGUCCUUUACUGUCUGCAACCUGUUUUCAUCCUGCUCCAGGGAGGCAGGACCGUGAACUGGAGUCUCCAGAGGGCAGAGGUGCAGCACACACUGCCCUCAGGAGGGUGCCUCCUGAUCUCUGUCCAGAAACCAGCCUGAACUGUCAAUGGCAGGACUGAGGUCUCCUCACUCUGCUGGUCAUAGGAGAAGAAAAGGAGGCCAUACACCCAAAAGUAAAUAUUCUAAUUCAGAAUCACUUCAUGAAAUAGAAAUAGAGUUCUUGGGGCAAAACCUACUGUUAGCAUCCCCACCAAGAAGCAGAAAGAUGCCCCUGGGGACCCCCUAAGAUGUUGGGUGACAUUUUUAACAGCCUCUCAAUUUCACCAGUGGCUUUUCUCUUGUCCUGGUGAAAGCCUCCUGUCGCCUUGUCAUCUCUAAGACUCUCAGCCUUGCCCAGGGUCUCCUGCUGUUGAAAGUGGAAAUGUGACAUGGGCAGUCGGGGUCCCCAUUUCCCUUGGCAAACCCCUACUCCAAGCAGGGGACACCUGAGGCUAAAGAAGAAAAACCCCAGGUCUGAUGGUGGCUAUUUGACCAUUCCCAGUCAAAUAGCCCAACCUAGCCCUGGGCAGGGAGUUGGGAGUUAGCCACGCAACAGAGGUCAGCAGUUGGAGCUUCCAGAUCUUGAAGUGAGACAGAGAGCUCAAUUUGGAAAUGUCAGACCAAACCACCAACCAGAAAGUCUUUGUUCUAAGAAAUGUCCUAUUUGCCAUCUAGAGGGUGUUACCUUGCAGACAAAAUUUUAUUCUCUUAAGAAGCAGUCACCGUCCCUUGUCUUCACAAUAAAAUGGAUUCCUCCCCUGAGUGGGAUGGUGUAUCAGUUACCAUUGCACAACUAGCCAUCCUAAAAUCGAGUUGACUAAAAUGGCAAAAAUCCUCCAAGUUGCAAUUAAUCUGAAGAUUCAAUGCAAUCUCUACCGAAAGUCCAACUGGUUUUUUGUUCGUUUGUUUUAACAGAAAUUCAUAAGUCCUAAAAUUUGUGUGGAAAUUCAAGGGACACAGAAUAACUAAAAUAAUCUUGAAUAAAAAGACUGAGUUCUCUGAUU